ACUUUAUUACUUACCACUUUCUCCCUAGAUUAGAUAUUCCUCCUACUAUCAAGAUUAUUGUAAUCUUGAAUUAUGCUAAUCAUUUACAGUGAACUAUAAUUCUCUAGUUCAAUCAACUACAACUAUUAGCUAAUUAAUUGAGCACUGAACUUCAACUCUUCUCUGUUUUCUAUACAACAGGCUAAAAUGGCGAGUGAACCAGUUAAUGUGAAUGAAUUUCAAGAGCUUGCUAGGAAAGUUCUUCCCAAAAUGUACUAUGACUUCUUUGCCGGAGGAGCUGAGGAUGAGUACACACUCAAAGAAAAUGUCGAAGCAUUUCAUAGAAUCACUAUUCAGCCAAGAAUACUAGUUGAUGUGAGCAGAAUAGACAUGUCAACUGUCAUACUUGGUCACAAGACAUCAGCUCCAAUUAUACUUGCCCCUUCUUCUGCGCAUCAAUUGGCACAUCCUGAAGGAGAAGUUGCAACAGCUAGAGGUGCUGCAGCAUGUAAUGUUAUCAUGGGACUGUCAUUUAUGUCUACCUGCACAGUGGAGGAGGUUGCUUCAAGCUGCAAUGCUGUUCGCUUCUUUCAAAUAUAUGUUUUCAAAAAGAGAGAUGUAACAGAAUUUAUGGUACGUCGAGCUGAGAAGAAUGGGUUCAGGGCUAUAAUUCUCACUGCUGAUACUCCAAGGCUUGGCAGAAGGGAGGCUGAUAUAAAGAAUAAGAUGAUAUCAUUUCGGCUGAGGAAUUUUGAAGGUUUUAUAUCAACUGAUGUUGUUUCUGACAAAGGCUCAAAUCUUGCAGCAUAUGCUGAAGAAACUCUUGAUCCGUCGCUUUGCUGGAAGGAUAUAGCGUGGCUAAAAUCAAUUACUAAGUUGCCAAUUUUGAUUAAGGGUGUUCUCAAUGGUGAAGAUGGUACUACAAUGAAAGCAAUUGAAGCAGGAGUUGUAGGAAUUAUCGUCUCUAAUCAUGGAGCUCGACAACUAGAUUACUCUCCAGCUACUAUUUCUGUUCUUGAAGAGGUGGUCCAAGCUGUUCAAGGUAAAGUUCCAGUUCUUCUCGAUGGAGGAAUUAGGCGAGGAACAGAUAUAUUCAAGGCGUUAGCACUAGGGGCAAAAGCUGUUAUGAUUGGUCGACCAGUUAUCUAUGGCCUGGCUGCUAAGGGAGAAUCUGGGGUAAAGCAAGUUAUUGAAAUGCUAAAGAAUGAACUUGAGCUGACCAUGGCUCUUGCUGGCUGCUGCACUGUGGAUGAUAUUACGAGAAGCCAUGUUAAGACAGAAAAAGAGAGGUUCCUCUGUAAGAUGUAAUUCUGUUUCUUAAACGAAUGGCCUAGCCCCAACAAUUCUACAAUCAUGUGACAUCUUGCUUGUAAUGUUGUUCAAUUGCGAUAUUGCUAUUUAAAGCAUCGAUUUCAGAUGUUAAGAUAUUCAAAUGGAUUACAAUA